AUGUCUAAGUCAUCAAAGAUACCACCUAAUAAUUCGAAAAAAGUGAAAAAGCCCAAUCAUAAGAAACGAGUUAAAGGAGCCUCGGAAUUAGACAAUCCAAAAUUUGCAAAUAAAGAUUUCAUGCUAAAACUUGUAGAAGAAGCAUCAAAGAAGGUGGAAGAGAAAGAAAGUGAGAAAUUAGAGAAAAAGGCUCGUACUAUGAAAAUUAUUGAAGAGAAAGAAGCCAAGCGACAGCAGAAAAAAGAUGAAAAGAAGCAAGAACUGGAAACGAUAAAGAAGUCAUAUCUUGGUGAUCAAAAGAAGAAAAAAGUAGAAGCUAAGAAACAAAAGACCAAAGCACGCUUAGAGUCUGAACGCCAGAAAUCCAUGCCUGCUCCUGCACCGAAGAAGAAGAGACUGGAUAACUUUUUCAUGAUGAAGGGAUUCCGUCAGACGCUAAUUUGUAUUAAUGAGUAA